GACUAUGGCGGCCAGACGGCGGGAGUGAAGCCUGUAGUUCCGGGUCGGCGCCCCGGAAGCGGAAGUGUAGACUCGGGGCUGUCAAAGUUGUAGCGCUCCUCGAGGGUCGGUCCCGCCACGUCUCUUCCCGGUCUCUCUGGCUCUGGAGUGCUUUCCCCCCGCGGAGGGUGGGAGCGCGGGGACAGACGGGCGAGAUGAGCACCAUGUUUGCAGACACGCUGCUCAUCGUCUUUAUCUCCGUGUGCACCGCGCUGCUCGCCGAGGGCAUAACCUGGGUCCUGGUUUACAGGACAGACAAAUACAAGAGAUUGAAGGCAGAAGUGGAAAAACAAAGUAAAAAAUUAGAGAAGAAGAAGGAAACUAUAACAGAGUCAGCUGGUCGACAACAGAAGAAGAAGAUAGAGAGACAAGAAGAGAAAUUAAAGAACAACAAUAGAGACCUGUCAAUGGUACGGAUGAAAUCCAUGUUCGCGAUUGGCUUUUGUUUUACUGCCUUAAUGGGAAUGUUUAAUUCCAUAUUUGAUGGUAGAGUGGUGGCAAAGCUCCCCUUCACUCCUCUGUCUUACAUCCAAGGACUAUCUCAUCGGAACCUGCUGGGAGAUGACACCACGGACUGCUCCUUCAUCUUCCUGUAUAUCCUCUGUACCAUGUCAAUUCGACAAAACAUCCAGAAGAUUCUUGGCCUCGCCCCUUCACGAGCUGCCACCAAGCAGGCUGGUGGAUUUCUUGGCCCACCACCUCCGUCUGGGAAGUUUUCCUGAAGGAAAGCAGAAUUCUGAAUUUCCUGUCAUACUUUUUAGACAUUCACAUCAGACUUACAGAGCACCUGGCCACAUUCUAGGUUUGUGUUAUUUCUCAGCUAUGGAUAUGAUCAAAUGAGAACACUGCUUAACUAAUGGGAUAGUGCUAUGGUCACGGAUGGCUUCUUUAGUAAUAAGUGCACUCACUGGUUACAUUUGGAUGGCUUAUGUAACCACAAACAUCAUCUUUCUUGUCUCACUUGAGUAUUUCAGUGUAUGUGCCAUAUACACAGAAGCAGACUGUCCAUGAACAUUAGGAGAAAAAUAGUUUAUGUAACAACUUCACUGUAAUUAGUUGUUGUGUUUUUUAAAAAGCCAAAUAUGUCACUUUGUGUUCGACAAUGAGCCAAAUUUUUAGAUGUUUCAGUUAGAGAAAUGUUUGAUUUUUUUGCAUAUUAAAAAGAGUAUUUUCUGUAAUCUGAACAUAAGGAUAAGCAUUGGCCCAAAAAGCUAAAAUAAAGUUUUGUCAUGUUCUUUUACCAGCCUUGUCUCCUGUUCAAAAUGUGGGAUUGUCCCAGUGUACACUUUGAACGUGUUCCAGUUGGCUUUCUGGUGUUUUGUCAAACACUGGCCAGAACCAGAAGCAGCUUAGGGGAGGAAAGGGGUUUUCAGCCUAUGCUUCCGGGUCAUAGUUCACCAUUGGGGGAAAAGAGGUUAGAACUCCAGCAAGACCCAAGGCGGAAGCUGUGGAGGAUGGCUACCAGCUAGCUAACUCUGCCUUGCUCUCAGUUCGCCUCCUCUUAGCAGCCGGGCCCACCCACCUAGAAAAGCUCACAUACUGUAACUGUGCAGGGUUGGAGCAGGCCCUCCUCCAUCACUCACCAAUCCAGAGACUCUCACAGACAUGGCUACAGGCCAGUCUGACCUAGGGAACUUCUUAGUUGAUAGUCCCUCUUGCCAGGUGACUCUGGGUUCCAUAAAGGUGACAGUAGAAACAGUACGAACUGUAAGCUUGGAAAGGAAAGGGACAGUGCAGUGAGGGGAACUCGUGCUUGUCUCGAGGACUCCUGCUUGACUGGCAGCAGCCGCUGACGGAAGAGGAAGGGCUGCUUCCCCUUUACUGGAGAGUAGUAUGGAGUUCCGUCCCAGCACUAGAUGCUCAUGGGCACUGCCUUGCUGUUUCUAGACCUUUCUGCGAGCAUAAUAUGUGCUGCUAUUUCAAAGGAAGAUCCAUCGUGAGCUCAAACUGCCCAGGGUAGGAUCUUUCUUUCCUUCUCUGACUUGCAUUCCCUUUAUCAAAUGUUCAUUUAGGAUUGCAGGGUUUAGAACAGGAACUAUGGAUGGGGAGAACCACACACUUACCCAUGGGCAUACACACACACACACACACACACACACACACACACACACACACACACAUACACACACACACACACACACACACACACACACACACACACACACACACAUAUACACACACACAUGGAAGUCCCAACAGUAGUGCAAGCGUUAGCCAGCAGUGUGAGUGAAGUUUCUGGAAUGUACCGAUUUUGAUAGGGAACAGUGAAGAUUGUUUGGGGUACAUCCCACUGGGGACUCAGUCGUCGAAUCACUGAGAUUUCGGGUAACAGUUCUCUGAUUUUAAUUUUCAGAGGCUGCUUUUUAAGUGACUUGGUAGUGUUGGGAAUCACACCUGGGACUGUGCUCCUUGCAGAUAAGCACUGUGCCACUGAGCUCUGUCCUCAGCUCCAGAGAUUGUACUGUAAUUUCACGUUACAGCCAUACAGGGUUUUUAGUGGGUUUCUAGGCCACCAGCAAAAAUCUGAGUAGAUGGAGGUGGUUGUGCUUGUUUACUGAGUGUAACUGUGAUCAUAAGACUCCACAUGGGAGAACCAUGGGCAGGUGCUAAGGUUAUCUGAAGUAAUUUAAUUUUAAACCAGUGCUGGGGUCAUCGAGAACACCCCUGCAGUAGUCCUUCUGGGGAGCAGAUGAAGUCCUGUGUGUGUGUGUGUGUGUGUGUGUUGUUGUUGUUGUUGUUGAUUAGAGCACAGCCAUGGUAAGGACCCCCGUGUCUCAGACCCAUGGGAAUGGCAAGACCACCUUGUGCAAGGUUUCUCAGACCUGUGCAUAGUUGGGUUAGACUUCUCUCCCAAAAUUUCUAUUUAAGCUUCUGAUAUAAGUCACUUGUUAAAUAAUUAACAGACCUAUUUAUGCCUCAGUUUUCUGAUCUGGGAAAGAGUUAAUAACCUUGUGAAAGCCCUUUACAGUCUCCAUGUAGCUGACUCUGGACAGAGUCUGCCUGACUCCUGCCCAUCUUGCUUUGGUUCCUACAGUUUGGAUUGCAUAACAUUGGUCUACUUGUUCUUUUAAUUAGAUAUGUUGGUUACAUAGUAUUUGCUUCUAUGAAAACUAAAUUGAAUGGUCUAGAUUGACCUAAUAAGUCAAGCUUCCUGUUCAGGCCACCAUUACAGAAUAGCAUCCAUGGCCCUGUGCUACCCCAUGGCCAUGGGCCUCAACAAUGGCUACAAGGUGACAAAGAACGUCAGCAGGCCAGGGCAUGGUUAUGCCAGGGGGUGUCCUCCACCAACACACCAGAUUCCUGCCGGACCUGAUCCUGGAGGCGUGCCCCUUCACACCGUAGGAGUGGUGCACUGAAGGUCUCCAGGGACAGGUGUGUGUUCAUCAUUCAAACUUGAGGACUUGACCCAUGGUGGGAGGAGCGAACAGAAGUCUGAAUGUUGUCCUUAAUUUCGUCACACACUGUGGCUCAUGAGCACUCACAUCAUAUACAUCUCCCACACACAUGCUAAAAGGAAUAAAUAAAAAGUUAAAACUAAGGUGAAUGCUGAAGCCACGGGUGGAAGUUUAUGCCUGUAAUACCAGCACUUAGGAUUGGCAGCAGGAGGAUCAGAGAAGGUCAAGUCAACAGCCUGAGAUAUUUGAGACCCUGUCUCCGUAAAACAAGCAACAGGUUUAGAGAUUUUUACAUGAUUUGUCCUCAAAUCCCAUACUAGUAGAUCAGAAAACCAGCAAACACUCUGACCCUUGGGGUUCGGGUUCCUUGUCUUUCUACCUCAUAGCUGCAGUGCUGACUCCUUUGGUCCUGUUAAAGUCUUCAGUUACUUAGCGGGAGUCUCGAGUUCCACUGCCCCGUGUUCAGAUGGCUUCAUGGAAGGUAAGUACAAACUCUUAGAAAAAAUUGUGACUAAUUUGUUAAAAUAUUUCCUUGCUCCGAUAAUCCGAUCUGAAUAUUUUUAUUAAAAAGCCUUCUUUAAUGAUGAAUUAACGCUUCCUUUAAUUUAUUCCACUGUUGCCACACUGUAAGGAAGGAGACAGGUGCAAGUCUAGUGAGAUGAUAAUCAAAUGGCCACUUUUUGCAGGUGGAAGCUAAAUAUAUUUUUGUAUGGAUCCAGGAUUCAUUGGCUGCUGAAGAAAUUCAAUAGAGUCAAGGGCUUUUUUUUUCUUAGUGCAAAAGUAGCUUUCAGGUUUAUAAUUAUUUCAGCCAUUUUCUGAACAGCUAAAUCGACCUUCACAGCUGUCUUAUGAAGAGAGCUAAGAAAUCGCGGAGACUGCUUGACCUGGUGGUAGAAGAUUCCAUUCACAGGAAAAAUAAAUGCGUUUUAAAGCAAGAUGCGACAAUAAACACUUCAGCACCGUGCUUUUCCUGCUUGCUUUCUAAACUACAACCCAGGGAAAAGCAUCUAUUAUCACAAUCCAAAUAAAGAAGUUUCUUG